AUGUCUCAUCAACACGGAGACAAGCACGAUAUCCCCAAGGAGCACGAGCGCUCCAAUGCCGGCGCCUGGCUGCCAGCAGACCACCGCGUCCAGAAGGAAUGGCUCGGUCACCAAGUCAAGCAAGCAGGCGAGAACAAGAAGGAACUCGUCCCCGUGCUCCAAGACUUCAAGAACUUCAUCGAGAGCAACCCUCGCAUUUACAUGUACUUCAACUCUAUGUUCACUGAAGUGCCGGUGAAGCACCCAUACAACAAGGACCCAACCGGCCACAAGCAGAUCCGUGACUACCAUCACAUGCUGGAGGUCCUGAACCACACCUUCGGCUCGGCGCCAUACUGGAGUGAUGCUGCCGCUCAUGUCGGUAUGGUCGGUGUGCCAAUGUGCGCCAUCCUCGACUACCCAAUGGGUACUGCUAGUGGCUAUGCCGCCUUCCUCGACCCAGAGGUCAACGCUCAUUUCAAGAAGAUCUUGAACGAGUGGGGCAAGCUGUUGGCUUCUCCCAAAUCUGCUGAGGUUCUCGGUUCCCACAAGCAGGGGUGGUUCAGCGAGCAUGGCGUCAAUGACAUGAUGCAUGUGGCCAACGGGCCCUAUAGCACCAACCACACUUUCGACGACUUCUUCGUAUCACCUGAUCCCAAGGGCAAGCACAAGGGCUACAAGAGCUGGGAUGAGUUCUUCACUCGCCAAUUCAAGCCUGAAGUCCGCCCAAUCGAAUCUCCCGACGAUGACAGUGUGAUCAACAACUGCUGCGAGAGCAAGACCUUCGCCGUGCAGCACGACGUCAAGCUCCGUGACCACUUCUGGAUUAAAGGUCAACCUUACAGCAUCCUCGACAUGCUCGCUCACGACAAGCUGGCGGAGAACUUCGCUGGUGGCACCGUCUACCAAGCCUUCCUCUCAGCUCUGUCCUACCACAGGUGGCACGCACCCGUCAGCGGCACGAUCAAGAAGGCCUUCGUGCAAGACGGCACUUACUUCUCCGAGCCCCUCUUCGAAGGCCUCGGCGACCCGACAGUGCAGGAGAUUGAUGCCGCCGGUAUUUCCGUCGGACAGGGAUAUCUCUCUGCUCUAGCCACCCGUGCCAUCAUCUUCAUCGAGGCUGACAACCCGGAUAUCGGGCUCAUGGCUUUCAUCGGCAUUGGUAUGGACGAGGUCAGCACAUGUGAUAUCACCGUCAAGGAGGGUCAGCAUGUGAAGAAGGGCGAGCAGACGGGCAUGUUCCACUUCGGUGGAAGCUCGCAUUGCUUGCUGUUCAGGAAGCAUGUCAAGAUCGAGGGGUUCCCCCAGGCGGGCAAGGACCACAAUGUGCCUGUGCGAAGCAAGCUGGCUACCGUGUCGAAGUAG